AGGCCUGAGGAGAUUAAAAGAGACUCCCAAACCUGACAUGUUAAGAGAGUACUUCAAACUCAAAAAUAGAGAAGAAAAUAAUGAGUGAAUUACAUGCCUACUACUACCGCUACUAAACAAAUAUUCACACCACUUUUCCUUCUCUUUCCUCUCAAUGCUCUGCAGGCAUUCACUGGCUAUGGGGGAUCACCGAGCUCCACGUCAUCGAAAUGGGGCCCACCACAACCAGAACGACGACGGCGGCGCCGGAGACGGGUACGAGUGCUCCUGCAGGUCGUGCGCGGCGGCGAUGAUCGCGGACUGCGUGGCGCUCUGCUGCUGCCCCUGCGCCGUCGUCAACUUCCUGGCGUUCGCCUUCGUCAAGGUGCCGUGGGCGGUGGGAAGGAAGUGUUUGGGGGCCGGGAAAAGGAAGCGCAAGAAGAAAACGACGACGGAGAGAGGGGGAUACGACACCGACGGUGAUGUCGUUGGGGAGGAGGAAUCAAGAGAGAGGUGGUGGAGGGAGGAGGGUGUUUUGGAGAUUUCACGCUCGGAAGAAGGAAUGGAGUGUGUGAGUGCGAGAUUUGAAGCCGAGAGGGUUUGGUUGGAGUUGUACCAGAUUGGUCAUUUGGGGUUUGGGAGGCUUUCCUUCACCGGAAUUCAGCCUCAGCUCAAGGGCAAUUAGGGAAGUGGAGGUCAAAAAUUGUAAAGAGUUUUUUUUUUUUUUUUUCCUUUUUUUUUUGUGGGGGAAUAUUUGAAUCUGCUUUUUUUUUUUUUUUUUUACCCUUUUAACUAGUGAUGGGAAAAAAGUACCUACCUGCAAUUCAAAGUUCAACUUGGGUUUUACUGAUCAAAGAACCACUCGGGUUUCUACUCAU